CAAAUUCAGCAUGUAAAUAUGCAUAUUCCAACUCGGUCUUCAUUGUCGAGGGCACCUUCUCCCAUUCCCAAUUAUACAGCACCCUAUCCGAACAUGCUAAUAUCGAUACCCCCAACAACGGGAUCCCGAUCGACGCCGGGAUCGGUGCAGUUAGAGCGAAACUGUGGAUAUAGGAAUGCAUGACGUGAGUGAGAACACGAUGCGCUUUGCAGAGGUCCUCGGGGGACGUGAGGUUGGAAAAGGAACGUCAUCGGAUAGCAUUAUUAUUUUGCAAGAUUAUCAUGGUGCAACGCACCCAAGAACAAAACAGCUUACUUCUCACUUCCACCCACCAGAUAUCAAACACCAUCCUCUCCUCAUCUAUGACAUCCUGCUUGUUUGGGGGGUCGGGGGAUCAAGCCUGUUGGUUUGUCGACAUCGAAAUCGUGCGCCCCGAGGUUCAUCGUUUCAACAAUCCUUUCCAACGACAGCAGAGGUCAAGGAAGUUCUCCCGUCCUCCUUGGCCGAGGACGACUCACUUUCAAGCUUCACUGUAGAUACCAGGCGUCUAGGUCGCAUCUUCUCAUAUAUCUUACCGUCCAAGUUAUUACGACCCUUGUGUCAUGGUAUCAUCUACUAUGCCGUCGUCAAGAGUAUGUCACCAUCUAAUGCUAUACCCUCUACAUUGCACAGGGAGCCUGAAGUGGAAACUGGAAAGCUGAAGAUGGAAGUUUGAAUGGGCCGAGAUGGACAAGGGACGCCGGAGAGCCGGGAAGGGAACGAAGACAAGAAACGGAACACCGAAGCGCCUAGCAGCAAGCAAUUUCACUCAGGAUUUACUUGAGUACGAUCUGGACGCCCACUCGACGACCCAUUUCUUCCCAAGAGCGAAUACACAUGUGAUCCAAGUCCUA